AUGGGGAGGCCUCUGAGGGGCAUUCUGGGCUGCACCUUGAACCGCGUCGUGUCUGCGCAAGUGCCUGCUGCCGCAGCACGGCGCCUUUACUGGGCGAAGACGGAGCGAGACUUGGCUUAUGACACCGAACAAAUCGCCAGUUGGCGGGCAACUUUUCCCUCCCUCAAAGAGUUUACUGACGAAGAUCUCUUGGAGUGGAGGCGCGUGUUUGAUUCGUUUGACCUCGACUCGGACGGAUGGAUAUCUCGCGCAGAUCUGCAAAAGCGACCAGAGUUUUCGCUGGACAAGGUGCAGAAGAUUGAACGAUAUGAUAAAGACAAGAACAACUUGAUUGAUUUUGGCGAAUUUGUGGAGGCUCUGUACGAGCUGGACAAGGAAAUCUUGAAAGAGGGCUUUGAGGGCUUUAGUGGAGUGGACGUGCAGCUGGAAUUUGAAAAGUUUGCGACUACGGAUGCCUCUGGUCAGAAGAGCCUCUCGCUCGGAGGUAUCGGCAAGUGGUUGCGAGCAAGCAAGUUUACAUGCAUUACCAAACGCGAUUGUAUAAAACUUUUCAACGAAAUUGACGGCAACCGAGAUGGCGUAGUGGAUCUGAAAGACUUUCAAGAGGAUGCCCAACCGCUACGCUACCCUGCGGGAGAUGCAGGCCCAGUGCUACACGCUGGCAGAAUGCGAGCUCGCUGGCUCGAUGUUGCCUAG